AUGGAUUAUUACAGUAUUCGUGAUUGGCUUCCCGCUGGUGUGGAUUUGACGCUGAGUGAUUUACAAGAAAUGGCGACCCGGCAACAACAACAGAUUGAGACCCAGCAGCAAAUGUUGGUUGCCAAGGAACAAAGGUUGAAAUUUUUGAAGCAACAAGAGAAAAAACAUCAGCAAAUGGCAGCAGAGAAUGAAAGACUAAGGAAGCUUAGAGAAAAAGUUGAAAGCCAGGAACUGAAAUUACGUAAAUUAAGGGCAAUACGCGGACAGGUGGAUACUACAAAAACCAAUAAUGUAUCAUUAACCUCUGAACUAGAAACGAUACGACAGCUGUUCAGUGAAAAAGAAAAAGAACUGGCUAUUGCUGUUUCCAAAGUAGAUGAGCUCACGGAACAGUUGGAGAUGCUACGAAAGGGUAAAAUAAACGGAUUGAAUGGGGACAGCAUGUAUAACACACCAGCUGCAGCCGAGGUGGAGAGACUGAAAAAAGAACUCAUGAUUCGAAACAAAUUAAAUGAGCAACAGAGCUCAAAACUUCAAGCACAGCAACAGGUUAUUGUGCAACGUAAGGAAGAAGUAGCCACCAUGGAUCAACGUAUCGAAGAAUUGGCUGAAAGGCUACGGAAAAGACGGGCACAGCAAAAAUUACAUCAGCAUAAACAGCAACAGUCACCAUUGCAACCGUAUCACCUACAGCAGCAUAGCUUCAACAAUAUGCCAAAUGGGAUAGUAUCGUUACCCAGAACGCCAAACAGUAGGCCAACAAAUAUCGCCGCUGUGGAACCAUACAGUGUGCAAGCACCAAAUAAAUCUAACCGGCCGGAAACAUCUAAAGACACGUAUACUAUACCAAUUAAGCCAAAGCUUGUGGAAGCAGGAGAUGCCAAUGAUUUGAAACAUGCAGAUGGUGACCUAGAAAAGGGUAAAAGCAAUAGUUCAACUGUGAACGGGGUGAUGCCAGAGAAAGGUGGAAAUAAAAAUAACAAUACAGCCAAGCCUGUACAGCCAAUACAGAAUUAUAAAGGCCAUGCUGUGAAAUUGACAGAGACUUUAUCUCAAAGUAACAGUGAUAAUUUAGUGCCAGGUAUACGGGGACAACCGGAAGGAAACACUGAAAGUAGUAGUGAUUCCACUUCUAUCACAGACAAUUCCAGUCUUGAGAAUAUGGUUAUUUACCCCUCCCACUCUAAGAGUAAUAACAGCAGUAGUAGUAGUAGUAGUUUAAGUAGUAACAAUCAGCAACCGAUCACAACGUCUGCUCCUCUUCCAUCGUAUUCUGCAGCGAUUGCAGGUGUUCAAACAGCUACGACUACAACUACUACAAGCCACCCUCCCCAAACACUGCCAAAGCCACAUCCAGCUAUGCAAUCUAAGCAAAGACCAGUUUCGCAGCUGCAGCUAAAAAAUAGUAAUGUACAAGCUAACCGAGGUGUUGGACCUAAACCUCCUGUGCCUGCAAAACCAAGUCAUCUGCCAUUGAAUGGGGAGCCACUCAAGGCACAGGGUAAUGUUGCUGUACAACCUCAGCAUCCACCAUCUCCAACAAUGACUACUCAGUCACACCAACAGUAUCAGAAGAUGCCCAGUGUGGCAACACAGGUACAGAAACCUCCAUCUCCAGUGGCGACUUCGAGGCAUCCUACAUCGCUAGGGAAUUCAUCAGCCGGGCAGCAUCCACCUUCCCCAGAAAUUAAACCGCAGAUGUAUCAUCCACCAUCACCGGUUUGGAAGAGACAACCCCCGGCUGUUCCUCCUAAGUCACCAAACACAAAAAUCACUUCUGUUAACACUCAACCCAAUGGGGCUUCCCAACCCCCAACUAGAGUUCAGAAACCUGGUAUUGGCAAUCCAGAGGUGCUGACUUACAGACCACCUGCCUCUUCUCUUCAUGUGUCCACAGCUGGAGAUAACAGCCAGAGCUCAUCUCCCAAAGCACAACUAUCACCAAGUCAAAAGACUGUUAUACCAACAUCAAAGCAUCAAGGCAACUCCAGUGAGAAUUUGCCACCUGCUGUAACUGCUGUCAAUGAUGCUUUGUCCAUUCUUCUUGGAAAUGGCAAUAACACCAUAAGGACGACUCAGUCUUAUCAAAGGUGCUCACCCACUGCAGUUAGUACCACAUUCACUAAUCUAACACCCCCUGUGGAAGCGUACAAACCAGUAACCACUACCACAGAGGCGUUUAGAUCAACAGCAUCUGCACAAACCACAGCUGUGACAACCACCACAGCUACUGUCAAGCCUAUGCACCAGAAUGCAACUGAGCCUAUUUACGAUACACCACGAAGUGAACCAAUUCAUCCUGCUUAUAGGGACCAUCCCAGUCCACCAAACUACAUGCAAGCCAUGCCAAGACCACCAUAUCCACAUCCACCACCACCACCAUCACAGACAUCACCUCUUCCAGCUUACUCGGCAUCUGGAAUGCAACAUGGUAAACAAAUCCCUCUGCAGUCACAACACCUUUUCCCAGGUGUUCAGAACACUCGUCCUAACUUGAACGGAGGACAGAAUGCCCCACCCUAUAGUAAUGAUCCAAAUCGAAGGCCACCUAGUCCGGUCAAAUAUCUUUCACCAAAAUAUAACCAAGUGUAUCCAAAUACUCGGCAGUGGGAAGGUGACAACAGACACCGAAAUGUUCCCAGGCCAUUGAGGAGAAGGCAUUCUUACACAGAGGAAAAAGAAGCAAUGCCAAUGGUACGGCCACCAACCGAUAGAGAAAGAAGUUCCUCAGAGAGUGAUAGUCAGACAUUCUAUCAACCUGACCGACCAGCUACGAAAUUCGACAACACCAUCAAUAUGGAUCCGUCAAGAAGAACGUUUUACCAGCAGCAACCCCCUCAGUCUCCCCAAGAACAGGAACAAUCUACCCAUAACAAUCCAGCUGUAUCAGCGCAGAAUACUUACCCUUCAUAUUAUCCUGCACAGAAGAAAAAUGAUAUCAGACGUGAGAUCUUUGACAAUUCCAUCGAGCCUUCUCCACAGCAGUACAGGGACGCAUUGUCACAAACAGCCAGGACGUCUGCCAUGGAAAGUUUACAAAUACGACAGCAUUACAGUCACCAACCAAAGAAAUCCAUAUUGAAAAAACGUGAAGCUAAGAAGACUGCCAGCAAUCGAGUCAGUUUUGAUCCACUGGCGUUGCUGCUUGAUGCGUCUCUUGAAGGGGAAUUCUUAUUGGUUAGAAAAAUAAUCAAUGAUGUCCCUAACCCUAGCGGUUCUAAUGAUGAAGGUAUCACUGCAUUACAUAAUGCAAUAUGUGCAGGACAUUAUGAUAUUGUUACAUUCCUGUCAGAUUACGGCUGUGACGUGAACUCUCCUGACAGUGAUGGAUGGACUCCAUUGCACUGUGCAGCUUCCUGUAACAACUUGGCCAUGGUGAAGUUUUUAGUCGAGAGAGGGGCAUGUAUUUUUGCCACGACUAUCAGCGAUGUGGAGACUGCAGCUGAAAAGUGUGAAGAGGAUGAGGAAGGAUUUGAUGGCUGCUCAGAUUAUUUAUAUGGUAUGCAAGAGAAGUUGGGAAUAAUGAACAAGGGAGUGGUAUAUGCGGUCUACGACUAUGAAGCAGAGAACUCGGAUGAACUAGCAUUUAAAGAGGGUGAUGCUAUGGUGGUGCUGAGACGUGGAGAUGAAGAUGAGAAAGAAUGGUGGUGGGCUAGGAAAGGAAACCGGGAAGGAUACAUUCCAAGGAAUCUUCUUGGGUUGUUUCCAAGAGUAAAGCCGCGAAGAGAUUAGAGGUGAUGCAUAAAAUGUAACGAAGAAAUUACAAUAGAUGGUUGCAUACAAAUCAUUGAUUGUGGACAAUAUGCAACUCGGAAAUAUUAACUUGAUUAUGUCAAGAACAUAGAGCCGCCAGCUACAUGCUUUGCUAGAAGUACAAGCUUCUGUGUUUUAUAAUUAUAAGCAACGUCGUCAUACAUGACAGACUUAUCUGCAACGCUUGAUUGUAGAAAUUAAUGUAUUGAAAUGAAAUUACCGUACAGUGUAAUGAACUUUGUUGUGUAUCGUCAUGUCAAGUGUAUGACGUUACCGACUUUGAUUGUGUCUUCAAAGUGUGGUCAUGUGGAAGCUAAAUUAUAGGGGGCUAUCAGACGUGACUGUAUUUUUAUAUUUAAACAAAAAUUAUGUCACAUCAAGGAAGGCAAAUCUUGAUUCUUGCCAGCCUUGCUUGAAUUUUAAAAAUUCAAAUGAACUUGACUAAAAUGCCCGUGUUUAGGCAUUUGAUAAUCACAAUGACUUGUGUCGAAAAAUGUAAUUUUUUUUAGGAAAUGGUCAGUGUCUGAUCGAUAUGGGCAAAAAUUACAGAACUAUAUUUAUUUUCAACAGAACUAUAUAUGAAAUUGUGCUGCUUUAUGUGAUAGAAUACUUUUAGUUGAACUUGGCAAUAUACUUGGUCCUCGUACUGCCAGCAUGUUCAGGUGUUAUGACACGCAUCUCUACAUACGCCGUCUAUUAUUCUCCUUAUUUAAUAUUAUUGUAUAUUUUAGUUAGAGUUUUUUCCCUGUAUUUAACCUGUUAAAUAUUCAUAUACUUUCUAUUUACCCCUUGAAUGGCGUUCCCUCUCAUAAAAUGUACAGAUUGUUAUUGUAAGGGGCGCUAUUCAAAAGGAAUUGAAAAAGUGGGCAAUAAAGAAAAUAUGAAACUUAAAA